UGAAAAAAAAUAAAAUUAAAUCUUUGCACUUGAUAUAGUCCAAGAUAUUUCCUCUUUCUAAUUUCUCAUUGUUAGUCCUCCUUUUUCCAUUUUCCUCUGCUUGUUAAUAAUUUGUUUAACGACAGUUGACCGAAUUUCUCUUUGAGUCUUUAUUUUAAUCUAAUUGUAAUUCCGAUAAUCCUAUGUUAGAUAUAAAAUUACACACACAAUCUAAAUAAAGAUUUAGAGAUAGAAACAAAAGCUGGUCAUUUUGUAGAGGUGAAAAAAAAAAUUCAAGAGCCUAGAAUCAAGAAUGGGGAAUUCUUUUGGGUGCUCAGCUUCAGGGGAGAGGUUGGUAUCAGCAGCUAGAGAUGGAGAUUUUGUAGAAGCAAGAAUGCUGUUGGAUUGCAAUCCAUGCCUUGCAAAAUACUCAACUUUUGGUGGAUUAAACUCUCCCCUUCACUUUGCUGCGGCUAAAGGCCACAAUGAGAUUGUGGGGCUGUUGCUGGAGAAUGGAGCUGAUGUGAAUUCAAGAAAUUACUGUGGGCAGACGGCAUUGAUGCAAGCAUGCCGAUAUGGCCACUGGGAAGUUGUUCAAACACUUCUUCUCUUUAGAUGCAAUGUUACAAGAGCAGAUUAUCUUAGCGGAAGGACUGCUCUCCAUUUUGCGGCAGUGAAUGGACACGUGAGGUGUUUAAGAUUAGCUGUCGCUGAUUUUAUUCCAAGUGCUCCAUUUGAAUCUGUAAAUACACAAACAAAUGGUGACAGUUCGAAUACUAAAAGCAAGCAUGAACAGAGUGGUCUUUCCAAGUUUGUAAAUAAGGCUGCUGAUGGAGGUAUUACUGCUCUUCAUAUGGCUGCAUUGAAUGGAUAUUAUGACUGUGUACAGCUUCUACUCGAUCUUCAUGCAGAUGUGUCAACUGUGACAUUCCAUUAUGGAACAUCAAUGGAUUUGAUAGGAGCCGGAAGCACUCCUUUGCACUAUGCUGCUUGUGGGGGGAAUUUGAAGUGUUGCCAGAUUCUUGUUGCAAGAGGCGCCAGUUGUUUGGCCUUAAACUGCAAUGGAUGGCUUCCUCUUGAUAUUGCAAGGAUGUGUGGUCGUCAUUGGCUUGAGCCACUGCUUUCACCUAAUUCUGACUUGACAAUCCCGAUGUUUCCACCUUCCAAUUAUUUGUCGUUGCCACUCAUGAGUGUACUUAAUAUAGCAAGAGAGUAUGGGUUGCUCUCCUCAGCAACCAAUUCUGAUGAAGCUGAGAUUUGUGCUGUUUGCCUGGAGAGAGCAUGCACAUUAGCUGCUGAAGGUCUGCUGUUUCUCCCUAACAAUGCAGUUUGUUUCAUAUUUUUUGUCAAAAAUUAUGGCAUGCGUUCUUUCUCUAUGAUUGUUUAUCAGCUUAACUGCUUUCUAAGAAGGCAUGAAAUCAAGCUAUGCUAUUAUUAUAUUGGGACUUCUGUUUUUAUUUAUUUAUAGAUGCAUUUUUUUUUUGUGGUGUUAGUUUUUGAUGACGUCAUUUGUGACAUUCUAGCGAAGGAUGGAACCAAGAUAGGAUCUUAUGCUUUUAUUAUUAUUUUUUGUUGAUGAUGGUGGUGUUCUUCCUUAGACUUUGAACCUACCAUCCCUCACAGGAGAUGAGAAGAACCAAUUUUUUAGUCUUUUCUUUUCCCAGAUCAAUUUCUUCCUGGGGAGUUGUUUUCAUUUUAUGUUGCUCUUAUUAUGAAGUCUUCCUCCUUCAACUAGACAUGUUAUAAUUUCAGUUUUCUAUUUUGCAGAGUGCCAAAAAUUAAAUGCCAUAAAUGGAGAAUUUUAUAGAGAUUUCUUCAAUUUUUAUUUAUUUAUUUUUUCCCUUAAAAAAAAAGGUUGGAAAACGUACAUACAGUAUUGAGACUUGAGGAAACCUCAGUUUCAGCUUUAAUUGCGUCCCAGCUUCAGAUUUCUUCUUCUUCUGGCUUCUGCUCUCACCAGGCACCAGACAUCAUUUUAUGUCUUAUAAUUUAUUUUUUUUAUUCGUAUACCCAGCCUCCAUGCCCUUGAAUUGGGUUAUUUGGCCCUGUACGUGUGUGUUUAGCCGAGCCUGCUUUUAUGCAAGACCAUUGCUGAAACCUUCUAGACAUAUUGGAAGGAAAACCAGUGGAGCUUUAAUAUUCUAUUUGGUACAAGCUGAGAGAGUCGUGGACAUAGAUAUAUAAAUAUGCAUAUGCAUAAUCGUGUAAUUAGAGGACAAAAUGUUUUACGUUCACGACUUCACAUCUCAUAAAAUUUUCUGUGCUUCCGUUUAUUCAUCUUCCACGCCCUCGAGUAGAUGUAAUUUCCCUGCAAUUGUGUGUGUGUUUUGUUUAACUCAGUCCACCUAUUAUGCAAGACCAACACUGAUGCAGCACCAACUCGAGCAAUUAAUUGAAUGUCAGAACGGAUUUAUGGGAAGGGGGGAAUUGAAGGAAAGAAUUGGGAAAAAAGAAGAUUCCACAGUAGAAGAAGAACGGGGAAGAGGGGGGAUUUUACCACAAGCUACCAAAAUAUUAUUCAUUCAUCAACUACUGAAAUUAAAUCGCAAUUAGGUUUAAAUAGUAAAGACUAAAACCCUAACUAGAAUGAACUUGAGACUUGGGCCAAUACAAGCCAAAUUACAUAAAUAAAAAUAUAAAACAUAAAUAAAGUCCACAAAAUAAAAUAAAGUCCAGCUAGAAAUAAAAUAGAUGAUGUUCUUAUCAAUUCUCUCGGGGUGGGAGAAAAACUCGACCCUGUCGAGUUGAUAGAUCACUAUAGGUUGUAGUCAAUUUGAUACUCCAAAUGUUUCAAGUCAAGCCACGAGGGACGAUCUUUUUGACGAACCAAGUAACAAAAUUCCAUGAUUAAUAGUACUGAAAACUGUAGCUUAUUCACGAGAAUAUGAUCUGACCAAAGUGGCGAUCUUUCCUUUUAACCAAGUACUGAUACUGGAUUCUAAAUAACCAAUACUCAUGCACCUCAUCUUCAAGAUUUUCACAUGAUUGUACAUAAUGAGAAGCAUAAGAAGCACGUCAAUCUACCCAACAAACAAGGAAGUACUGAAUCUUGCCAUCAUUGGUCAAUACAACACGUUCAUCUAAAAUAACAUCAA